CAACCGAGUAAAGAACAGAGAGUUGUGUUCAUGGAGAAAGUUUGGUUUCUGUCGUGACUCCGCACAAAAGUACAGUUAAAUAACAGUCAUGUCCAGCAGAAGUAAGCCAAACCCUAUGUGCUAUAGGAGUGACAUCCAAAAACUGCUGCUGGCUGCUGAAGCUGGUCAGAAGGCUGAUAUCCUGACCUACUCCUCAGGUCAUCUGGGGCCUCACAGCCUGAACCACAGUCAGCCUAACAGAGAGACAACAAAGCAGUCUUUCUGGAGGACAUCUCAGAGCCUAAAAGAAACCCAAAACCCUGUGACACCCAAGCAGACACGGACAAAGAGACUGACCUAUGUAAAGAAGAAAUUGAUGAAAGAGUGUCCCCCUGAGUUCUCCACUGGCACUGCUUUAGUAGAGUCUGAAGUGACUUUGUAUUCUACGAAAGCAGUAUCAGCAGACUUCAAUGAACUCUUAAGGCCAAGACAAGAUCAAGUUAGUGAUUGCUCAUCACAUGAAGACAAGAGAGAAGAUAUGAGUCGACCUAAGAUAGUCAACUGUUCCUCAAAAUCUUUGGCGGUCAAGCUGAAAACCUUUUCCCAGAAAUCAUCUAAGUCUUCAUGUGAUCAGGAGGGAAAACAGCAAUCUGACCAAGAAGAUCUGAAUAAUGAAGGCCAGCUUAAGACAAAACAACAGUUUGGCAGGCAGGUCAUAGCCAAGCAGGACCUCUGGGCUGGAAUAAACGUUGCUGAAAUGCAUGAGCGGAAACUACAAAAGGAGCUGAGGAGCUUGUCAGCGCAAAGCUGGCCCAGCAGAGACCGCCUUGCGGUGUUCAGUGACGUCUUUGAUGAUGUAUGUGAAGGCUCGCCAGUAUUUGGACGCAUCCUGAGGGAAAUUAAGACAGAAUACGAUUUGUAUGUCAACCACUUGAUGGCCUCCCAGUCAUCACUCCACAGCAUGUCAUGGGAUACUUCACUCCAAGAUCUUGGCAAUAGCACAGUAAGACAAAUGGAGUUGGAAGAGGCUGAAAAAGAGGUUUGCAAGCUGGAGCAAGAGGCCAGAAAAGCUCUAGAGGAGAAUAAACGACUCCAAAAUGAAUCACAGAAUGUUCCAGCUCUCAAAGGCCCAGAGGACAGUGACAUGAAGAAUACGUCUCUGACAGGGCUGCAGGGCAGAGGAACUGGUAUUAACAAUGUCCAAUCCAAGAGACUUCAGGUGUUGGACACGUGGAAGGAGGUCCAACAGCUGGAGGAAGAGAUUAAGAAGAAGCCGGUGUCCUCUGCUACAAUCACAGCCACAAAAAGAUGCAUCAAAGACCUAAAGUCAGAGAUAAUGAGACUGAUAGCCUCAAAUGACUGUCUAAAGACCGCCAACAAGGAUCUGGAAAACUACGUCAACAUGGUGCUGAAGAGAGAGAAAGCAAGCAAGGCUGCAACACGGAUGUUGUGGGACGAAAUACAUUGUGAUCUACCAACAGCUUCAUAAGCGAGGAAACCAGAGUAUCAUUUCCUGAGAUGGCUUUUCCAAAGUGCAAUAAAAUAAAGGAAUAUGUAUUUA